UAUAUGCUUCUCUUUGGUUCUUUGUGGUUUUUUUCUUCUCUCAAUCAAGCUCUCCCUCUCUUAACUUGCUUUCUUUUGGAUUUGUAUGAAUUUGUAUCUAUCUACCUAUAUAUCUAUAUUCUCUCUCAAACAAAUAGAGAUUUGCUUUUCUCACAAAGAAGAAGAAGAAGAAGAAGAGAAGAAGAGUGCAUCAAGAGAUAUAAUUGUAGAUGGCGGCCGCCUCAUCAUCGACACCGCCUUUCUUUGGUAUGACGAGGGAAAACAAUCAAAACCAAUUGAUUGUACAACAACAGUCCUCCACCACUACCACCACACCUACCUCCUCCUCAACUGCUCUGUCUGCGCCACCACCUCCAAAGAAGAGAAGAAAUCAACCGGGAACUCCAUAUCCAGAUGCAGAAGUGAUAGCACUAUCUCCCAAGACACUAAUGGCAACAAACAGGUUCAUAUGUGAAGUAUGCAAUAAAGGAUUCCAGAGGGAGCAAAACCUACAACUUCACAGAAGAGGACACAAUCUCCCUUGGAAGCUUAGGCAGAAGACAACAAAGGAAGUUAAGAGGAAAGUGUAUUUAUGCCCUGAACCCACUUGUGUCCACCAUGACCCUUCUAGGGCUCUUGGUGACCUCACUGGGAUCAAGAAACACUACUCAAGAAAACAUGGUGAGAAGAAGUGGAAGUGUGAGAAGUGCUCAAAGAGGUAUGCUGUGCAGUCUGAUUGGAAGGCACAUUCUAAGACUUGCGGCACUAGAGAGUAUAGAUGUGACUGUGGCACUCUCUUCUCAAGGCGUGACAGCUUCAUCACUCAUAGGGCAUUUUGUGAUGCAUUAGCUCAAGAGAGUGCAAGACAUCCUCCAAGCUUAACCUCGAUGGGUUCACAGUUUUAUGGGAAUAACCACAUGAGCAUAGGCUUACAAGACCAAACCCACCCUUCCAAUAACAUGCUCCGGCUAGGCAACGCCAAGUUCGAGCACCUAAUCCCUCCAUCGAACCCUUCUUCAUUACAAACAAUGCCUUCCUCCAAUUUCUUCAUGCAAGACUCGAAUCAACAAUCAUUCCCAAAUAAGCCUUUACAUGGCCUAAUGCAACUUCCUGAUCUUCAAACCAACACCAACACCUCCCCCUCGUCCGCGGCCAACAUUUUCAACCUUAGCUUCAACAAUAGCGACAACAUUGCAAAUGCUAGUAAUGCUACGAACAAUCUAGUCGGUUCCGGAUUCUUGAACCCCAAUCAGUUCAACAUGGGGGAACAGGUUGGUUCAGGACUCGCGUCUAUUUACAACGCUUCGGUACCACAGCAACAUGAGCAUGUCACGCAGCAUAUGUCCGCCACCGCGUUGCUCCAGAAGGCGGCGCAGAUGGGAUCAACUACAAGCAAUAGUGGCGGUGCAGGAUCGACAUUGUUGAGGGGAUUAGGUUGCACUUCUUCAUCAUCUAGUGGUGGUGCGAAUAAAUCCGCAGUGGAUAGGAUCAACUUUGGGAGCAAUUUUGGGAAUGCUAAUGUGGAGAAUCAAAACAAUAAUAGUCUCCAAGGAUUGAUGAACUCUUUUGCUGCACAUGGUGGAGGUUCAAUCUUUGGUGGGUUUAGCACAACAUUGGAUCAGAACAGCAACAACUUUUGCAACAUUGAUGAAGCUACUGCUACUACUGCUAAUAAUACUACUAAGUUGCACCAUGAUCAUCAACUUGGUGUAAGUAUUGGUGGUUCUGAUAAGCUGACUUUGGAUUUUCUUGGUGUGGGUGGGAUGGUGAGGAACAUGGCCAGUGGAGGAGGCAUCAAUAUGGGUUCUUUGGAGAAUCCUGAAAUAAAGUCAACACAUGCAAGCCAACCAUUUGGAAGUGCCAAAAUGCAGUGAAAGUACAAGAAGUUUUAGGUAGGCAUGCAUUUAUAUAUCUAUAUAUAUUGUCAAUAUAUAUAUGGCAAACUCUCUAUAGCACCAGCUACUUGUUUUUGACUCGAAUAGCUAGCUUUGAAUUGAUAUUACUGAACGUGCCUCAAGGCUUCCUUUUAAGACUUUUUUCUAUUCUUGUCAUUAAUGUAUUAUCCUUUGCUACUUUU